CCCCACCUGCACUUCCAGAUAAGGAUUUGGUUAAGACAGAAGGAUCCACUCCUGAGCAGGCUCCUGUCCAGAGUCCCGAUCAACACACCGCUGGACCCUCUGUCCCACAGCAGAGCCCUGCUGGACCCCCUCCCUCCUGUGACCACUCCAAACCUCGCAGUGUUACUGCCUCACCUCCGUGCACCACCUCAGCAACUUCCCCAGCUCCACCUGAGAUCGUUCAUGUAACCGUGAUGCUUCCUCCUUCCCCUUCCCCUUCCCCUUCCCCUUCCCCUCCCAUGGGACCUCCAUCAGACCCAGAGCCCACCAUCAACGCCACCAGCUUCUGGAGAAGCUGCAACGCGGCAGGAUGCACACAGGCCAUAUUCACUGGUUUCAUUAAUGAGAUGAACGAUAUCUCCAGCAGGAUUCAGUCAGACCAGGCGAGCCAGGAGGAUUAUGAUUUUGCACUUUCAGUGAUGACGGCCUCUGGAAAACUGGCAGAGCUUGUGGCCAAACAGCAGGAAGAGAUACAAAGAAAACAAGUGGAGCUGCAAAAGGCGGCAGCAGCUAUGGAGAAGGUCAUCUCAACACUGAGAGAUGUCCAUCAGCAGCUACAGUAAGAACAUGAAUAUCUACGUUUACAGUGAACUUCCUUUUUGACUGUGAGUUCCACUGUUUUUGUUUUUGUAUUUCAUAUUACUCACAUUGACACUUUAAACAUUUUCUACAAACUGUAUAUUUGGUUUUAUGGUUUUGUCUUAAUAUUUGAGAUGGUGGAGAGGCCUGAAUGUAGAAAUACAAAACUGCACCAAUAUUUGGCAUUCAUCAUUCAAAAAGCAAAUUAAUUAAUUAAAUUGUUACAAUAUGAUCUCAGAUUUCAGCCUGUGAUCGUGAUGCUUUUACAAAUGAGUUGUACAUAGUGAUAUUCCCUUUAGGAAAGAUGUUAUAUAUGAAAUAUAUUUGAAUUCAACAAAAGCAAGAGGUUUUAUCAUUUAAAUCAUGAACUAAACAGGAAGAACUGGGAAGACUGUGUGCUGAAAAUGUUCCACAUCCAACCCUAUGAACUGAACCAAGUAUGCCUGAACUCUUGAAAUGAUGAAAUUGUGAAAAUAACUUCUUUUACAUAUAUAUUUUGUUUAUGACGUUGAGCUAUUUUAUUGUUUAACAUGUGUUUUAUAUAUUUUUAUAAUUGUGAAUGUUUAAAGAAAACCCUACUUAAAUGUGCAUGCAGAAAGGAUAAACGUUUUAAGACAUGAUACACAUUGUAUAGAAUUGUUCUCUUUUCUUUUUACGAAUAUUUUAAAAGAUCAUUGCAGCUCAAACUGCUAAUAUUUACAGUAACCCUUCAGCUUUUUGUUCCAUGAAUCAGUGAGUGGCCCAAUAGGUCUGAUGCUUUUUGUUUUACUUGAUUUAACAAGUUAACUGUGAGUAAGAUUAAGUUCAAACUAAUAAUCAAAGGACAGGAAGAGCCGAAAUAAUACUGCAGUUUACAGUUGAGUUUUCACAA